AUAGGCGGCGCACUGAAUGGAGGCUCAUGUUGUGGUCCCGGGACCGCACAGAUGACGUCCUGAGCCGCCGGCUCGUCAUUUUUCGUCCCUUUCCCAUCUUAGUCUACGACAAUGGCGACGUUUGUCAGCGAACUGGAAGCGGCUAAGAAGAGCCUGAGUGAGGCGCUGGGCGAGAACGUGAAGCAGUACUGGGCAAAUCUGAAACUUUGGUUCAAGCAGAAGAUAAGUAAGGAAGAGUUUGAUGUUGAAGCUCGGCGGCUUCUCACGCAGGAAAACGUGCACUCCCACAACGACUUCCUCCUGGCCAUUCUUACUCGAUGCCAAAUUCUUAUUUCUUCUCCUGAGGGAGCAGGAGCACUACCCUGUGCGGCCAAGACGAAGCCUAAAGGAAAGAAAAAAAUCACAUCUGCUCGACAGAAGUUUGAUCAUCGUUUCCAGCCCCAGAAUCCUUUGGCCGGAGCUCAACAAUUUGUGAGUCGGGAUCCUCAAGAGGACUAUGAACUCAAGCUGUGUUCUCACACUAUGACUUUGCCCACCAGAGGGCAGCUGGAGGGGCGCAUGAUUGUUACUGCCUUUGAACAUGGCUUGGACAAUGUAACAGAGGACGCAGUGACCAUUGUUAUCCAUGCGUUAGAGAAACAUUUAAAGAAUCUGUUGACUUGCGUGGUGGUGCGUCGACGAGCGUACCGCCUUAAAGAUGGACACUUCCGAUACGCCUUCGGCUGCAAUAUCAAUCCCCAGCCAUACCUAAGAAACAGCGUGGCAACCUACAAUCAGCUUGUUGAAUGCCCACCCAUGAUCCCUGCUCUUACUGGAAACCAGAAUCCAGGAACCAGUAUACAUCCAGAUGACGCAGAACAGCAGGCUGCCCUCUUACUAGCAUGUUCGGGGGACACCCUACCAUCUAGCUUGCCUCCCGUCAACAUGUAUGAUCUUUUAGAAACUUUGAAGAUUCACAGAGAAGUUAUCCCUUCUCACACAGUUUAUGCACUGAAUAUGGAACGGAUAAUUAUGAAACUUUGGCACCCUACUCAAGAGGAACUUCUGCAAGACCAAAUUCACCGACAGAGGCUAACCGCCAAGGAAGGACUAUUGAGUUGAAAAUGGCAGCAUUUUUUUUAUGGAAAAUCUCUUUAUACCCAUACUUGCUCUGAACUGCUGUGUCCUGCAGCAAACAGAUUGAAAACAUUUUUGUUAGACCAAUUUACUACUUUUUUGGACUUAUGACAACGUCAUCAUUUUUUGUUAAAUAAACACACACAAAAUCA